GGAAAUCAAUCUGCAGAACGAGAAUACUGGAUACCGGGGUAAGAGUGAGAUCGAAUCGUGAGCCACUCAUUCUUCUAUGCCACCUGCCAUGGAUAUUGCCUGCGUCAAGAGCAGCAUCACUUCAACCCAUUCUUAGGCUGUACUCCGUACGAACUAUCCAUAUCCAAUCGACGAGCAAUAUGGGCGUCCUACAAGGUCAAGCGCCCAUUGUAAUUGCUAGCACAACUACAAACCUGACAGCUCAGUGUCUUUCAUCUUCGCUCCCGGCACCAGACUUGUUCGGCGCUGAGAUACUGUCCGUUACUUCAUCCCUCGUCCCAGACUAUACGGCAUCCUUCCUGCCCCCGAGCUUCUUCAACUCGGACCCUCCCCUGUACGGCAAAACCACCAAUCUGUCCUUCUGCAACGUCAGCGUGGCAUACACCCAUCCCGGUCAGAAUGACACAAUCAAUGUAAGUACCUGGCUUCCCAUCUCAGCCUCGGACUCCACCACCUCCACCUCCACCGAUCCGCCGACCACCAGUCCAUCAUGGAAUGGGCUAUUCCUCUCCUUCGGUGGUGGUGGCUGGAGGACUUGUCUCCCCGUCGAAUACAUCUCGUCGCCUCUAACCCAAGGCUACGCGGUCUCCCGAACGGAUGGCGGCCACGACCCAGAUUCUGAGGUAGACUCUUGGGCCUUGAAUUCUCCAGGCAACGUGAACCUCUACCUCCUCCAGGACUUCGCCUCGGUCGCGCUACACGACAUGGCGGUCAUCGGAAAAUCCAUCGUUCAAUCCUUCUACGGCCGGCCCCCACGCCACUUCUAUUUCCAAGGCUGCUCGACCGGUGGGCGCCAGGGUCUAAUGCAUGCCCAGCGCUAUCCAAAUGACUACGACGGCAUUCUGGCCGCCGCGCCAGCCAUUUACUGGCCCAAACUUCUCGUAAGUCACCACUGGCCGCACGUUGUGAUGGCCGAACUCAAAGCCUACCCUCACCCAUGCGAACUCGACGCCAUCACAGCCGCCGCGAUCAAGGAAUGCGACCACCUCGACGGCGUCACCGACGGUGUCAUUUCAACCCCAAGUCUAUGCACCUUCGACCCGUCCAGCAUGAUCGGACGGGCCGUACCAUGCACUGAGACAAGCACUGGCACACUCACCAUCACGCACGCAGCCGCACAAGUAGCAUCAGCAAUAUGGCGCGGCCCCGUCGAUACCCACAACAACAGCCUCUGGCACGGCUUCUCACAAUCCACGCCCCUGUCCGCUCUCGCCCAAACAAAAUGCCACAAAAACGGCACAUGCACCAGCGCAUCGACCUCGUCAACAACCCUCGACUGGAUCCGGCUGUUCCUAUACAAAGACCCGACCUUGACCCCCGACGAACUCGUUCAACGUAUCGACCGCUCCGAGUUCACCAGACUCUUCCACCAGUCCGACCAACUCUACCGGUCGAUCAUCGCCACCGACGACGUCGAUCUCUCCGACUUCGCCGCCCACGGCGGCAAGAUGAUCACCUGGCACGGCAUGACCGACGAGGCCAUCAUGCCCGGACAAACGCAGACGUACUACGAGAAGGUGCUUGCCCAUGCUGCGACAGAGACGCACGACAAUGUGAGCGUGGCAGACUACUACCGGCUUUUUCUAGCGCCAGGCGUCGACCACUGCGGCGGCGGUACCGGCGCGUUGCCAAUCAACGUCAUGGCCAAAUUACGUGCUUGGGUAGAAGACGGUGUGCCGCCCGAGACACUCGACGCCGAGAGUUUCAGCAGACCCGGCGGCGACAAGAUCCGCCGGCCACUGUGCAUGUACCCUCUCGUCGCGAGAUACAAGGGGCAUGGAGAUGCCAGAAAGGCAGAGAAUUAUGAGUGCGCGGAUUCGUUUUGAGAGGCACAAGAUAUAUAACCAUCAGAAAGCAUGCGUAGGCCAGUGACAGUUGAUGUCUUUAUCUCAUGAACAAUUAGUCGUCUAGCGUUGAACCUCAUAUUCUCGUAAUGUAUGUCAUAAGUGAUACAAGUGAAGCAUGGGUACUGUCCGACGUCCA